GAGGGGCCGGAGCUGAGGGAGCAGAGACCAGAGGGGUCCCAGCCAGGCCCAACCCGGCCGGGCCCAGUGAAGGCUGCCCGUCCUUCUGGAUCUCCACUGGCCAGUCCUCAGCCCCACCCGGUAGCCCGGGCCCUGGGGGGAUAAAUUGAGGCUCGUCGGAAAGGGCCAGGCCCGGUAGUCUGAUUUCACCCCUCCAUCCUCCCCCAAGGUAGCCUGACUUCACCCCUCCACCCUUCCCCACCCCCUCGUCCCUUGACCCCGGCGGGCCUCGCGCCCGUUGGAGCGCCCGGGCCAGCCAUGAGGCCGCUGCCGCCCCUCCUCCUCCUCCUGCUGCCACCGCCGCUGCUGCUGCUGCUGGGCCUGGCGUCCGGCUCGGCCCCGCUGGACGACAACAAGAUCCCCAGCCUGUGCCCCGGGCACCCCGGCCUUCCCGGCGCCCCCGGGCACCACGGCGGCCAGGGCCUCCCGGGCCGCGACGGCCGCGACGGCCGCGACGGGGCUCCCGGGGCUCCGGGGCAGAAGGGCGAGGGCGGCCGUCCCGGGCUGCCAGGGCCACGGGGCGACGCGGGUCUGCGGGGCGAGGCGGGCCCGACCGGGGCGGCGGGGCCCGCGGGAGAGUGCGCCGUGCCCCCGCGCUCGGCCUUCAGCGCCAAGCAGUCCGAGAGCCGGGCACCCCCGCCCCCCGACGCCCCCCUGCCCUUCGACCGCGUGCUGGUGAACGAGCAGGGGCACUACGACGGCGCCAGCGGGAAGUUCACCUGCCACGUGCCCGGCCUCUACUACUUCGCCGUGCACGCCACCGUCUACCGUGCCAGCCUGCAGUUCGACCUGGUCAAGAACGGACAGUCCAUCGCCUCCUUCUUCCAGUUCUUCGGGGGGUGGCCCAAGCCCGCCUCGCUGUCCGGCGGGGCCCUCGUGCGCCUGGAGCCCGAGGACCAGGUCUGGGUGCAGGUGGGCGUGGGCGACUACGUGGGCAUCUAUGCCAGCGUCAAGACGGACAGCACCUUCACCGGCUUUCUGGUCUACUCCGACUGGCACGGCUCGCCCGUCUUCGCCUGACGCGGCCAUCCGCUCCCAGGAGGGGAUGGGUUGGGGGCGA